CCGUGCCUACAACCCCCAGAAGGCCGCGCGGAGCCGCUUCCGCCGCCGGGGCGGGCCGAGUUCGGGGCCGCCGCCGCCGUCAUUGCGGACGGGACGAUGUCUCGCUGCAGCCCCGCCGCCGCCCGCCUGCUCGGCCGCUUCCUCCGCCUUCAACAGAAUGGAGUCCGACACUGCUCCUACACAGCAUCCAGGAAAAACCUGUAUGUUAACAAGAACACAAAGGUUAUCUGUCAGGGUUUUACAGGCAAACAGGGCACCUUUCACAGCCAGCAGGCAUUGGACUAUGGCACCAAUCUAGUUGGAGGAAUUUCUCCAGGGAAAGGGGGAAAAACUCAUCUAGGUCUGCCUGUGUUUAAUUCUGUGAAGGAGGCCAAAGAACAAACGGGUGCUUCAGCCACUGUCAUCUACGUCCCUCCCCCAUUUGCUGCUGCUGCCAUCAACGAGGCCAUCGAUGCAGAGAUGCCCCUGGUGGUGUGCAUCACUGAGGGCAUCCCCCAGCAGGACAUGGUGCGCGUCAAACACCGGCUGCUGCGGCAGAACAAGACCCGCCUGGUGGGCCCCAACUGCCCCGGGGUCAUCAACCCUGGAGAAUGUAAAAUUGGUAUCAUGCCUGGUCACAUUCACAAGAAAGGAAGAAUUGGUAUUGUGUCAAGAUCUGGAACCCUGACAUACGAAGCUGUUCAUCAGACAACACAAGUUGGGUUGGGGCAGUCUUUUUGUGUUGGUAUUGGAGGUGAUCCCUUCAAUGGAACUAAUUUUAUUGACUGCCUUGAUGUCUUCCUGAAGGAUCCUCAUACUGAGGGGAUCAUAUUGAUUGGGGAGAUUGGAGGAAAUGCUGAAGAAGAUGCAGCAGCAUUUUUGAAAGAAAAUAAUGCCGGCCCCAAUGCCAAGCCAGUGGUGUCCUUCAUAGCUGGCCUGACAGCUCCUCCGGGCCGGCGGAUGGGCCACGCUGGAGCCAUCAUUGCUGGGGGCAAAGGGGGAGCCAAGGAGAAGAUUGCAGCCCUCCAGAGUGCAGGGGUUGUGGUCAGCAUGUCCCCUGCUCAGCUGGGCAGCACCAUCUACAAGGAGUUUGAGAAAAGGAAAUUGCUGUAAGAGAAGACACUUUGGAAUACUUUCUCCAAAACACCAGUGCAGCACCCGGCCUCCGCUUAUCUUCUGUCUGCUAAUCUUCAGUUGCCCCAAUGUCUUGACAUUGGUCAAUGAAUUUGACUGGGAAGCCAUAAACCUCCUGGCUAAACCUGUUUUGGUGUCUCCUUGUUUCAGACGUUGUCACCCUGUUGUAAAUCACAGCAAAUUAAUAAAUCUACUACUAAAUCUGA